UUUGAAAAUCCCCUUCCUGUUUGCUCAGCCAGGCAUGGAGUGCUCUCAGCGAAUCUUUCCAGGUGACCAUGCCUUUGCACGCCAGGCAAUCCCCAGUAUAGAGCAAUGGUGAAGUGCUGGACCUCAUCAGUAUUUGGGGGGAGGAAGCUGUCCAGUCCCAACCGCACUCCAGCCAUAGGAAUUACAAUACUUUCAGGCAGAUAUCAAGGGACAUGAGGAAAGGGGCUAUGACCGGGACGCUCUGCAGUGCAGGGUUAAAGUGGAGGAGCUGCAGAAUGUCUACCGCAAAGCCCACGAGUCAAAAAGCCGCUCCCGUGCUGUUCCUGCUGUUUUUACAAAGAGCUGGAUGCGAUACUUGGGGCUACCCCACGUCCAUUCCGAGUACCACCAUGGACACUUCCGAGCCCAGUCUAACGAGGCAGGAGGAGGAGCAAAGCGGGAGGCAGUGUGCUCAGGUGGAGGAAGGCACCCCAGAAUCCCUAGGUGCCUACAGCAAGGAGCUGUUCUCAAGCCAGGAGGAAGGUAGCCAGUCGUGGUGGCCGGUGGUUGGGGAAGGACAAACACCAGAGGAGCUUCCCAAUGCAACUCUGAGAUCUCAGCUGUCCAUGUUAUCACUGGCUGAGAAGUUGCAAAGAAUCAGGAAGAGGCCACGUAGAAGCAAAGAGGACAUGCUGCAUGAAGUCAUGCAGCACUCCCUUAAUGAAAACCAAAAAGUGCAGGAGUGGCGGGAGAGUGACAGGAGGUUCCGCCAGCAGAAUGUUGAUUGCUGGCACCAAAGCACAGAGCGGCUGAUAAGCAUUAUGGAGUGCCAAGCAUACUCGAUCCUGGCGCUCAUAGCCAUGGAGGCAGAGCACUAGCACCCCCGACCCCCUCCCCUGCAGCCCUUGUCCCAAAACUCUUUCCCUUGUGCCCCCAUGUCACUGCCAACCCACUUCCCCCAACAUCUGGUUUCUUACCACCACCAGCUGCCUCCAACACCUGUGG